GGGGGGGGGGGGGGGUUCUCUUCGCUUCUCGAAUCAUUGAAAUACCAGGCCGAUCCUCUGCACUUUCCAGUCGAAAUUCCGGCCCUCAUCCUCAUCUCCACAGCUGACUUUCGACGUUGUGGUGUCAAGUCUUUCUUCUUUCUUCUUUUGCCUCUUCUUCGUCGUCUUCCGAGAGCUGUGCUCUUGAGUUCCCCUUCGUCUGAUCGACUGGUCUCGACUCUCCUUGAACACCGUGCUUCAUCUUUUUCUGUAACGACUUCGCUUUCUCAAGAUACCCGUACAUUUUCCACCUUUCCUCACACGUCAACGCGUCAGUUCAAUCCUUCCGCCAAGAUGAAGAACUUCGCAACCACUAUGCUGGCCCUGGCGGCCGGCGCCCACAUCGUCGCCGCCAUGCCGACCCGGGCCUCGAGCGCCGGUGUCCAACGCCGGAACCCAGACGUCCCUGUUGUGGACGCCCGGUCCAUCCUUAUCGACUACAAGAAGAGAGGAGUCCAUCUCAGCUCGCUGGCUGAAGAGGCCGGCGCCGGUGCCGACGUGGCCCAGCCUCCCGCGGCCGAAGCCUCUGCGCCUGCACCUCCAGCUCCUCCCGCCGGCGAAGCUCCCCCGCCACCUCCGGCACCUCCCGCCAACGGUACGGCACCUCCUCCGCCUCCGGCCCCGCCUGUUAAGCCUGGUAAGGAGGCCGUGGCGCCUCCGCCUCCCCCGGCCGGAGCUGCUCCCCCUCCUCCACCUGCCGCCAAUGGCACGGCACCUCCGCCACCUCCGGCGCCGCCUGCUGAGGAUGCCGCAGCGCCUCCCCCUCCGCCGCCACCUGCUGCCAACGGCACGGUGACUCCCCCGGCUCCGCCUGCCAAGGGUGGUAAGGGUGCCAAGGAUGCUGAGAAGGCCAAGGAAGCUAAGAAGGAGAAGGAGGCUAAGAAGGAGAAGGAGAAGGAAGCUAAGAAGGCGAAGGAAGCUAAGAAGGAGAAGGAAGCCGCGGCGCCGCCUCCGGCUGCUAAUGCUACUGCUCCCGCCCCUGCUGCAGGACCCGGUGCCGGCCGCGGUGCUGGCCGUAAAGGUGCCGGUCGUGUAGGCGCCGGAGCCGGUGCUCUUCCUGUUCCCCCUCCUGCCAAGAACGAGACCGCAGCUGCUGCGCCUCCCGCUCCUCCUGCGGCUGGAAACGGAACUGCUCCGGCUCCUGGUGCUGGUGCUGGUCGUGGUGGUGCCGGACGUGGCGGCGCUGCCGGCGAGGAACCUGCUGCCGGAGCUGGUGCCAAGGCUGAUGGAGGUCUUGGUGGUAUUCUUGGCGACCUCCUCGGUGGCGGUGCUGGCAAUGCUGCUGGUGGUGCGGGAGCCGGUGCUGGUGGUCUUGGUGAUAUCCUUGGUGGCCUCGUUCCCGGAGCCGGUGCCGGAGCUGGUGCUGGAGCCGGAGCUGGUGGCGCGGCUGGCGGCCUGGGAGGCAUUCUCGGUGGCCUCCUUGGUGGCGGUGCCGGCAAUGCUGCAGGUGGUGCAGGUGGCGCCGGCGGUCUUGGUAACCUCCUUGGUGGCCUUGUCCCCGCCGCCGGCGCUGGCGGCGAUGCUGCCGCUCCUGCUGCCGGCAAGGCUCAGAAGGGUGAGCAGAACGAGAAGAGGUCCUAUGCUUCGCAGCCUGUCCGUCGCAGCCGCGUGUGGCUUGCUUGA